GCCUCCCUCUGGAUCUCCACUUUCUUACCUUGAAAAUAACUCUAACGCCUUGCUCAGCUUUACUAUUUAGUGGUUCUAUUAGAUUAUGAGCAAUCAUAAUAACAGCCAGCGUAUUAAGGUCAUCUGUGAGCUGAAUGCUUUCCAUAAUUUAUUUUAAAUUUUCGUAAUGGUCAUGAGAGGCUUUGUGAUGGAGGCGCUCACUACCUGGAUGGGCAGACACAAGGAAAGACCACUGAACAGCCAGGAGGUGUGAAUAAAGACCAUGAGAGAGGGAAACCAGAAACUCUCCCUCUCCAUUUAGGAAAACAAAGUUUGAUCCACUCUUUGAAAAGACUUGGAAAGCUUUGGAAAAGUAUCUUAGCAAGGAAGGAACACUAAGAAAAGUUGCUUGUGGAAGUUAGACCAAAUAGCAGGAAGGUAUUACAGCAAAAUGGAUUUGGGAAAGGACCAAUCUCGCUUGAAACGCCGUCAGACACCUAAUCCUCGUCAAGAAGAGAACCAUGUUCCAGAAGUCACUGGAACUUGGAAUUUGCGAAACAGAGAGCAACUCAGAAAAAGGAAAGCUGAAGCACAAGAGAAGCAAAAUUUGCAGUGGCAUUUUGGAGAGAAAAAAUGCAAGCGGCCAAGGACAGGAAAAGGAAACAAAAGAGGAAGAAAGAGACGACAAAGUACAGAACUAAAGGAGGAACCUCAGUCACAAUUUAAAAAAGACACAAUGGAGAAAGCACUGGUACCUAUGGAGAAAGAAACUGAACCACCUAAGAGUAUAACUGAAGUGUUGUCUCUGCUAGCCUCUCCCAAAAAAGUUAUGCCUGAGACACAAUUUUCUGCAGUGGAUCAAGAAAACAUACAUCAGGAUCAUUCUUCUGAGUUACAAGAAACAGUUGUACCAAACCACCCUUCUGAAACAUGCCAAGAUGUGGCUGAACCUGAAGCCCUCUCUCCUACAAUGUACCAGGAAAUGGCCGUGAUUCAAGGCCAUUCUUCCAUAAUGUGCCCUGAUACAGCUGAACCUGAAGACCUCUCUCCUACAACGUGCCAAGAAAUGGCCGUGAUUCAAGGCCAUUCUUCCAUAAUGUGCCCUGAUACAGCUGAACCUGAAGAUUUCACUUCUACAAUGUGCCAGGAAACAGCCGUACUUCAAAACCAUCCUUCCAGAAUGUGCCCUGAUACGGCUGAACCUAAAGCCCUCUCCUCUACAAUGUGCCAAGAAACAACUGUAGUCAAAGUCCUUCCUUCUAAAACAUCUGAAGACAUAGCUGACCUGGAAGCAUGCUCCCCUGAAGCAUUCUCCAAACCAGAUAUGCCUAAAGGGUAUGCUCUUGAGACAUACCAAAAGAGAGGUGAACCUGAGGAAUACAAUUCUGAACCAGAACAAGGAAUGGCUGAGAUUGAAAGCUUCUUUCCUAAGACACAAGAAAUAGCUGUGCCUAAAGACCUUUCUACAAAGACACACCAAGAAAUAGUUGAACCUGAACACUUCUCUCAUGAAACAUAUAAAGAAAUUGCUGUGCCUAAAGCAUUCUCUCAUAACACAACCCAAGAAGUGCCUGCUCUUGAGGAAUAUCCUCCUGAAAUAUACCAUGAAACACCUGUGCCUGAGGAAGGCUCACCUGAAAUAUACCAAAAAACACCUGGGCCUGAGGAUGGCUCACCUGAAAUAUACCAAGAAACACCUGGGCCUGAAGACUAUUCACCUGAAAUACACCAAGAAACACCUGGGCCUGAAGAUCUUUCUACUAAGGCAUAUAAAAAUAAGGAUCUGCCCAAAGAAUGCUUUCCAGAACCACAUCAAGAAACAGGUGGGCCCCAAGGCCAGGAUCCUAAAGCACACCAGGAGGAUGCUAAGGAUGUUUAUACUUUUCCUCGAGAAAUGAGAGAAAAACCCAAAGCAGAGGAACCAGAGAUACCAGCAAUUGCAAAUGUUCCUCAAGAAAUUCAUCCAGAAAAUGACGUCUUUAGUUAUGUUUUGUUUUAACAAUGCUCAACCGUCAAUAGUUGUCCAACAAAAUACACAUCUUAAUAUAUUACGUGUGUGAUUUUUCAAAACACUGUAGAUCUCUACAAUACUCAUUAAUAUUUUUACGUUGUUUUCGUUUUCUCAUGUAUAGACUCUGAGAGAAUGAAGGUAUUUUUUUCAGGCUCUGUUACAUAGAUGAUAUCCUGCUAGUGUGUGCUUGUGUGUGUGUGCAUGUGUGUGUGUGUAUAUACAUAUAUGCAUAUUGGGGUGAGGAUAGUGGUGGGGGAGAGAGAGAAACGUGAAAGGAAUGGCUGAGUAAUUGAUCACCCAUCAAGAACCUUUAAGUCUAUAUUUUAUUUAUUUUUUCCUUGGUUAAUUCUUAAAAGUAGAGAAACUAUUGUUUGAACACUUAAAAUCUGGGGGAGUAAUAGUUUUCUUGUAAACUUUGUUUACUUAUCCAUGUAACAAUAGCAUCAACAUUUUAUUCAGACUUUGGUAGUCU